UUUUAAAAAUAUCCCUUUAUCAGAUUAUCACAGAUUUCACAGUAAUUAUAUGUACAGUAUAAACACAUUAAACCAAAUUGUAAUGAAUCAUCUUAUAGAAAUGUCAUUGCGGAGGUCCAGGAGGACUGAUCAUAGUGAUGGUAGUACUGACAGUGGAUCCCCUGGACAUACAUGUACCAGUAAUAUUGAGGAGCGGCGCAACUUCACAAUAAAGUUUAUAGACACAUAUAUAGGAUGUGGAGUUUUUGCAAGAAGACCUUUUCAGAAAGGUGAAUUUUUACUGGAAUACAAAGGUGUCCAAACCUUGAGUUCUAGCAGCCAGGACAUUGAGGAGGACUGCUUGAAGUACUUCUUUCAUCAUAAUGGGCAGACAUAUUACAUUGAUCCAUCUAAUACUGAUGCCAUGGGGAAAAUGGUAAAUGAUGGAUUAGGGAAGAGAGCUAACUGCAAAAUGAGGAAGAUACUGAGAAAACAAUUACCAGUUUUGCGCUUGUUUGCUACCAAAGUUAUAUGUACUGGAGAUGAGCUUCGCUAUGACUAUGGGGUCCGGAAUCUUCCAUGGCGCAAAGUGAGUACAGUAAAUUUAUGCAUAACAAUUGUACAUGUACAUGAAAAGAAAUUAAGUAUUUGUCCAAUUUCAGGAUUUUCAACUGACCAGUUAAAAUAGGAACAGUUGUUAAGAUUACCAGACCUAGAGAUCAUUCUUAGGUUAAUUAGUAACUAAUUGAACAUGGUUAUUUAUUUUAUGUUUCCCUUGCUCGAAGAAUGAUUGUGCUAUAUAUAUAUAUGUGAUCAU